AUGCAGACAAACGAGAAAGACGCAGGCGGGGGAGUGGGUAUUCGGCUCAAGUUGGGCUCAUUGUUCAGUCCUAAAGCGACCCCAACGGCUGGAAAAGCUAGAGAUGACGUGGACCAUGGCACUUUCAUCACAGCUGAUGUUCUGAGGGAGCUGGACCAAGGAUUGCCAACUCAGAGGAGAGUGCGGGUCAUGAGAGAACUGCUUGAGAUCGUGGGCUCAAAGCGAUUGGAGGAGUAUGCGGUGCAGUCGAUCUGGAGAGCAGUGCAGGAUCUGUUGGAUCGGAGCCAGCCAGCCGACGUGCGGCAGGCCGUGCUGCAGUUCACGCAGUGCCUGGUGCAGGGCCAGUACUCGGAGCUGGGGGUCAUGAGGGCCCACUUCUUCCGAGUGAUUCAGUCGCACCAGGUGGAGGAGGACUCCCAGCAGAGGCUGGAGCUGUUGAUAGCUCUCACUCUCGGAGGGAAGGACAUCCAGUACUUUGAGGAGGAGAUUGGUCCGUUCCUAGCAGAGUGGAUACCACAACUGCCAGCUCAUGUCAGUGUUGAGCAGUUGCUGGGACUACUAGUGAAGCUGGUUCACUACAACUCUGCCUAUCUCGAGGAAGACGUGCUCUCACAACUAGUCUCCCACACCUGCUCCCUGGCGACCAAUCCGAGCUCCCCCUCAGAGACUGAGCUGUGCCUGUCUUUCCUGGAUGCCGUCAUCUGCUACGCAGUGUUCCCUCCACAGACCAUCCUGAGUUGCAUCGUAACGCUCUGCCACACACUCAACAUCGAGAGGUUCAUUCAGAAGUCACUGGAGGUGAUGCAGCGAUUGUUAGGCACACAUCUCGGGCACACAGUCAUCUACACAAUGUGCAGUGUCCUACAGGACAAAGUUCACGAGGCAGAUGUCCUGCUGCUGCGAGGAGCAGUGUUCUUCAUCAGCAUGAGUCUGUGGGGAGUCAAGAAAGUCGACACUCUGAGUCUUCCCUUUACAGCAGUAUUACCAGCCAUCCACCAAGCCUCUCUCAGCGGACACACACUCGUCAUCUAUGAGGUGACUCUGUCAGUGCUGCGCCUGGUCAGACACUACUCCUCGAGACUGGGGCCUCGCGAAUGGGAGAUGAUCUUCCACAUCCUCCAUGCCACCCAGCGCCAUCUCUCCCAGCAGGCAGAGCUAUCGUCCGCUGCCCAGCUCCAGUCCACUCUGCAAGACAUCUUCUCUAGUGUGGAACAGUUCUGGAAGGACAGGGAGAACUCAAUAGGCCCCGUCCACUUGUUCUUCCAGCUCCUGGACGAAGUGAGAGUCACACUACCGGUGACCUCAGUCCUCAGUCUCCUCCACUAUCAAAGCCAGACCAUCGAUGCAGCUGAGCUGGACUGGCUCCCUCAGAUCUCUCUCUUCAUGGACAAGUUCUUCAGGUCAGAGACGAGACUUGUGGUGAGGAGAGAGGCACUGGGGUUCCUCGACCGCGUCUUGGUUGAUCACUGGCUCACUCAGCAAGAUCCGCUCCUCCAACAAGUCCUCCUGCCUGUGUUUACCCCUCUCUCUAUGGAUACGGACCCUGACCUCCGCUGUCAGGCUGUGCAGCUCAUGAUAAAGUUCCUUCCCUCCUCCUCCCCCACCCACACUUCGUCUCUACUGGAGAUUGUCUCUCAGGUGCUGAUGCGAGGGUUGGGGGAAGGUUCGGAGGCCCGACUUCCAGACUGCAAGGCUGCUGUGUUUGGUCUCACGCAGCUAUUGAAGGAAGCCAUAUACCGCCCGGGACCCCUGGCUGGCCAGGUUCUCUCUGUUUUGCUGCAGUUCCUGAGACAGGUUUACGCAGGAGCCUAUUUCACCACCACCACCUGUGUGCUUAGGAUCAAUGUCUUCAACUGCCUCCUCUCUCUCCGAGCCAAUUCCUCCGGCCAACUAGGUUUCCACGACGAUGAUGGUAGCAGGGACAUUGAGUACAGUCCAUUCCAAGUUUGUGCUCUCGGAGGUCAAAGGUCAGUGUUGGUGCCUCAGACAGUGGUGGAUCUGGGAGGUGUGUUUCAGGCUGCCACCUCCUGUCUGGAGAAGGAUGUGGAGUGGGAGGCAGUGUUCCAGCUGCUUCAUCUCCUCAGGGGCACCCUUCAGUGCCGAACCCUGACCCUGUCUGCGAUGCCUGACCUGUCCACCCUGCCUCCACUCCUCAGUUCUCUUCUCAACUCCAACAAACUGGGUCUAUUUAGCAACAGACUCUCUGUGGCUGAUGUUGGGGCUUCAGUCUUUCCUCUCCUUGCACUGUUGGCCACCUACCCCUCACACCUCGACCGGCGUGCUCAGCAUGACUUGGUGGUCUGUCUUGAAGGAGGUCUAGUGGGGAAACAGGCUGUCAAAUGUAUGUCAGCUCUCGCAGUCUGCAGCCUUGAGCUUCAACCAACUAUGAGUAGAUGUCUGCCACGGGUGUUGUACAGACUGGGACAGGUAGCAGCGACACCCAUCAUGGCAGUACCAACCCUGGAGUUCCUGGCUGGUCUCAUUCCCAUACCAAGUCUGGUAUCGGGGUUUGUGGAGGAGGAGUAUCUGUCAGUGUUUGGGAUCGCACUGCCGUACACCAACCAUCACAGAUACCCUCCCUACGUGGUGUCCAUGGCACAUCAUGUCAUCUCUUGUUGGUUCCUCAAAUGCCGCAUUCGUUAUCGUCCCAGGGUCGCCAGGUUCAUCUCUAAGGUAACCAGCUUUAAAUACAAUUCAGAGUCCUUACCAGAUCUGUUCAUGUGCAUGCUGACUAGCACACAAGGUGCCGAGACACUUGUGCAUAAUAAUGGAGCUCUACGUUCAACUUGGGCCUGA